AUGGCGCUCCAACAUUUUUCAAAGGUCAAGUUCUUCAAUGUCACGGUUCCCGCGCAAUAUGUCGUGCACAUCGAGAUCAACCGUCCACAAAAGCUCAAUGCCUUUUUUACGCCCAUGUGGUUUGAACUAAAGGCCAUCGUGCAACAAUUAUCCCACGACCCCGAUGUCCGGUGUAUCUUGCUUUCGGGGGCUGGAGACCGAGCCUUCACUGCAGGCCUGGAUGUUGAGCAAGCAGCCAAAAGUGACAACCCCCUCUCAGCCGACAUCGCGGAUCCCUCACGCAAGGCGACCGUGAUACGGAGGGAAAUACUUGACCUACAGGAUGUCAUCUCGGCCGUGGCGCGUUGCGAGAAACCCAUAAUUGCCCUAAUGCAUGGGUACACCUACGGGCUCGGGAUUGAUCUAUCAUCAGCAUGCGAUGUGCGCUUUUGCGCCGCCGACACCAAAUUCUGCGUCAAGGAGGUUGAUAUUGGGUUGGCGGCGGACGUGGGGACUCUAAGCAGACUCCCCAAGGUGGUGGGAGGGGUGACCAGUUGGGUGAAGGACGUUUGUCUCAGUGCACUACCAUUUUCCGCCGAGGAAGCGCUCAAGAACAACUUUGUGAGCCGUGUGGUAAAUGGAAACAAGGCGGAUCUCAUCCAAGAAGGCCUCAAAUACGCCCAAUACCUAUCGACCAAGAGCCCUGUCGCCGUCCAGGGUACAAAGAACAUCCUCGACGCCGCCUGGGGGAGAACCGUCGAAGACAAUCUCAAUUAUACCGCGGUCUGGAAUGCGGGUAUGGUGCAGAGCUCUGAUGUUAAGAGAGCCAUGCUCAGCGGACUCCAAAAGAGGACGCCGACAUUUGAAAAGCUCUAG